UCCUCAUCAACCUAACUUUUCAACUCUCUCUUCCAAUUUCAAUUUCUCUCUCUCUCUCUCUCUCUCUCUCUGAAACACUCUCUUUCUCUCUCCCUCUCUGUUCUUUAGAUAUUACACGCAUUCUCUUUUUCUCAUAAAAGAAACCUUGCAGUACUCGUUACAAAUGGCUGUUGACUCUGCUCUUUCUUCACCUCUCGGCCCACCGGCCUGCGAGAAAGACGCGAAAGCUCUUCAAUUCAUCGAGGAAAUGACUCGCAAUGCCGACGCCGUCCAAGAGACGGUGUUGGCCGAAAUCUUGAGCCGUAACGCCAAGACUGAGUACCUGAAAAGGUUCAAACUCGACGGUGCUAACGACCGCGAAACUUACAAAUCCAAACUGCCUGUGAUUACCUAUGAGGAUCUUCAGCCUGAAAUUCAGCGAAUUGCAAAUGGAGAUCGCUCUGCUAUUUUGUCGGCUCACCCUGUAUCCGAAUUCCUCACCAGUUCGGGGACUUCGGCUGGUGAAAGAAAGCUCAUGCCAACAAUUCAGGAAGAGCUGGAUCGUCGUCAACUUCUGUACAGCUUGCUCAUGCCAGUGAUGAACCUUUACGUGCCGGGUUUGGACAAAGGCAAAGGGCUAUACUUCUUGUUCGUGAAGUCCGAAACAAAGACACCGGGAGGGCUCUUGGCCCGACCCGUCCUCACCAGCUACUACAAGAGCGAACAUUUCAAGACCCGACCAUACGACCCGUACAAUGUCUACACAAGCCCAAAUGAAGCCAUCCUCUGCGCCGACUCUUUCCAGAGCAUGUACACCCAGAUGCUCUGCGGCCUCUUGGAGCGCCAACAAGUCCUUCGACUCGGCGCCGUUUUCGCUUCUGGUCUCCUCCGAGCCAUCCGGUUCCUCCAGCUCAACUGGCGGCUACUCGCCGACGACAUAAGAACUGGAACACUGAACCCCAAAAUAACCGACCCGGCCAUAAAGGACUGCAUGGUCCGGAUCCUUAAACCCGACCCGGAACUUGCGGAGUUCGUUUCCAGCGAGUGUUCCAAGGAAAAUUGGGAGGGAAUCAUAACCAGAAUCUGGCCGAACACCAAAUAUCUAGACGUGAUCGUCACCGGAGCAAUGGCUCAGUACAUUCCGACCCUGGAUUACUACAGCGGCGGAUUGCCGAUGGCGUGUACGAUGUACGCGUCGUCGGAGUGCUAUUUCGGACUCAAUCUGAACCCGAUGUGCAAACCCUCCGAAGUCUCAUACACCAUAAUGCCAAACAUGGCCUACUUCGAGUUCCUCCCCCACGAGCCUACUAACUCGUCCGGGGACUCGUCGCCGAAACUCGUCGACAUGGUGGACGUCGAGAUGGGAAAGGAAUACGAGCUGGUUAUCACCACCUACGCCGGACUCUACCGGUACCGGGUCGGCGACAUACUCCGGGUCACCGGAUUCCACAAUUCGGCGCCGCAAUUCCACUUCGUGAGGAGGAAGAACGUCUUGCUCAGCAUCGAUUCCGACAAGACCGACGAGGCCGAAUUGCAGAAGGCCGUCGAGAACGCUUCCAAACUCCUCACCGAAUUCAACACCAGCGUCGUCGAGUACACGAGCUACGCCGACACGGGGACGAUUCCGGGGCACUACGUGAUCUACUGGGAAUUGCUGGUGAAAGACCAAGCCAACUCGCCGAGCGGCGAGUUGCUGAACCGGUGCUGUUUAGCUAUGGAGGAAUCGCUGAACUCGGUGUACAGACAAGGCCGAGUGGCGGACAACUCGAUCGGACCGCUGGAGAUACGUGUGGUGAAAAACGGCACGUUUGAGGAGCUGAUGGACUACGCGAUCUCAAGAGGGGCGUCUAUCAACCAGUAUAAGGUGCCGAGGUGUGUGAAUUUUACUCCCAUCAUGGAGCUUUUGGAUUCUAGAGUAGUCUCGGCGCAUUUUAGCCCCGCCUUGCCACAUUGGACUCCAGAAAGGAGACGGUAAAAAUAUAUAAUAAUAAUAAAUUUCACUCGAAACUAAUUAACUGUUAUGUGUCUUAAGUCAACAAGGUGGUCAAUUGUCAUACAGGUUUUAUUUUUCUAUAAAUUUAAUUUUUAGGAAAACAAAAUUUACAUUUUAGGUCUUUUUUUUUUUUUUUCUUUUUUCUUUUUAAUGGGUAGGAGUAUUAUUGUGGAAAAAAGUAGAGUAUAAAAAUGUAAGUUUGAUUAGGACGUUUGUUGUUCAGGUUUUGUAUUUUGGGUUCAAUUAAACUGUGGAAAAGAAGUUGUGGGUUUUAUCCUUUGUCAAUUGUUACUUUUCACGUAAUGGAAAGUUUGUAAUUGAAUGAAAGAGGAUAAACCUUUGCUUUUGGUUCUUUUUCACAUGCUUAUCCCCAUCAUAUAUGCACCACAAUUAUUAUUAUUUUUUUUCA